UAAAGAAAGAACUUCACUCUCCGGGACCAUCAGUCGUUCACUAGCACUAAAUACAUUUUGAAGUAAUAACAUAGAAAGUGCAUGUUCAUGUGUAUCUGUUUCAUCUCCUCCAGGUGUCCCCACAAGCCAUUAUCUGUAUUAGUUGUUACAAUGAGUGCAAAAGAAAAUAAAGUACAUGCAUUUGUGCGAGUCAAGCCAACAGCUAAUUUUCCUCAAGACAUGAUCAAGUAUGGGCCAGACAAUAAGAGCAUAGAUAUUUACAUCAGGAGGGAUGUUAAGAAAGGAGUCGUCAAUAACAAGCAGACUGAUUGGUCCUUUAAACUGGAUGGUGUUCUUCACAAUGCCUCCCAGGAUUCGGUUUAUGAUGCAGUAGCUAGGGACUUGGUAUCCCAAGCUCUGGAUGGCUAUAAUGGCACUAUAAUGUGCUAUGGGCAAACAGGAGCUGGUAAAACAUACACCAUGACAGGAGCAACCGAAAACUACAAGCAUAGAGGAAUCAUACCCCGAGCUAUACAGCAGGUGUUCAGGGCAGUUGAAGAACACAUCGAUCAGUCCAUCACUGUCCGAAUAUCCUACCUGGAAAUCUACAACGAGACUCUGUUCGACCUUCUCUCCACUAUGCCUCAUGACAUGUCCGGUGACACUCACAUGGCUGUCGUGGAGUACCCACAGGGUGUCUUUGUGAAGGGCUUAUCUAUGCAUCCAGCCAGCCACGAGGAAGAUGCUUUAAAUCUCCUGUUUGAGGGUGAGACCAACAGAAUAAUAGGUGAACAUACUCUGAAUAAAAAUUCAUCCAGGUCCCAUUGCAUAUUCACUAUCUAUAUUGAGUCUCAUUCCAGAAUUUUGUCAGAUGCCAAAUACACUGCUUCAAAAAUUAACCUAGUGGAUCUGGCAGGUUCAGAAAGACUGGGGAAGACUGGGUCCGAGGGGCAGGUUCUGAAAGAAGCCACAUAUAUCAACAAAUCUUUGUCAUUCCUUGAGCAAGCUAUCAUUGCACUGGCUGAUCGUAAGAGGGACCACGUCCCCUUCCGGCAGAGCAAGCUCACCCAUGCCCUUAAGGAUUCAUUAGGGGGAAACUGCAAUACAGUCCUGGUGGCAAAUAUCUAUGGUGAAGCUGUUCAGAUAGAGGAGACUCUCUCCUCUCUCCGUUUUGCUACCAGAAUGAAAUGGGUCACAACGGAGCCAGCCAUCAAUGAGAAAUAUGACCCAGAGCGGAUGGUCAAGAAUCUGGAGAAGGAGAUUGUUCUUCUGAAGCAGGAACUAGCCAUGCAUGACAGCUUGGUCAACCGUUCUCUGGUGAAUUAUGACCCUCUGAAUGAAAUCCAGAUAGCAGAGAUUAACUCUCAAGUCCGCAGGUACCUAGAAGGAGCCACAGAUGAUAUUGAUAUAAUGAACAUCAGGCAAAUCCAAGAGGUAUUUAACCAGUUCAAAGUGAUUUUAAGCCAACAGGAGCAGGAAGUGGAAGCCAGACUACGAAACAAAUACACCCUGAUAGACAAAGGUGACUUUGCAGCCAUUACUGCUGCUCAGAAGGCAGGCCUGGUUGAUGCAGAGGGCCAUCUAGUGGGGGAAGUGGACGGACAGGGCUUCGGGAUUGGAGUUGCUCCUUUAUCCAAACCCGGCGGGAAGAAAGUUAAAGCCAAGAAAGCCAAAGAGCAGCUUAGCCCCAUUACCAGGAAGGAAGGAUUGGGAAGCCCUGUUUUGGGGAAAGAUCUGGAUUCUGUUUCCCCAUCAAGGAGUCAGCUGGUAACUUCCGCAAAGGAUUUGGAUGUGAAGGAGGGACUAAUACGGGAGCAGGAUGCAGCUAGUAUUGAAACACAUCGCUCGGAGUCAGUGCCCAAGGAGGAGUCCCACCGACCGAGUUCCCCUCCCGCUAAGCUGGUGGCAUUUGAGGAGUUUAAAAACGAGCGAGGAAGUGAGAUCAACCGGAUCUUUAAGGAGAACAAAGCCAUCCUCAGCGACAGGAAGAAGAAAGCGAGCGAGAUCACCCACAGACUCAACCUAAUAAAACAGGAGAUGGACAUCACCAAACAGGCCCUCGGGGCCCAGAAGAAGGAGAGGGAGGAGCAGGGCGAGUAUGUGAAUGAGGAAGGACAGAUCAUAAUUGACGAGGAGGAAUUUUUACUGGUCAUGAAACUUAAGGAUCUGAAGAAACAGUACAGGUGUGAUUUUGAUGAACUGCGGGACCUGAAAGCAGAAGUCCAAUACUGUCAGCAUCUGGUGGAUCAGUGCCGCAACAGACUAAUCUCAGAAUUUGAAAUCUGGUACAAUGAGUCCUUCCUUAUCCCUGAGGAUGUGCAGGAAGCGAUAAAGCCUGGAGGCAACAUCAGACCUGGAAUGAUUCCCAUGAACAGAGUCCUGUGUCUGGAUGAAGAUGAGCAGGAGCGGUUUGACCGGCUGCAGGGGGAAGUGCUGCCAGCCUGUCCCGAUUCCACCUCUUUCUACAAUGCCAAAAUGAAGACUGAUCAGAAGCACAAGUACUUUAGAGCCAUGGCCGCCCUCCAGCAAAUGCACAAGAAACCUGGACUCAUCACAGCUACGGUGAAGAACAAACCCCCGGCGGCGCUCCAUGUCAUAUAGCAGGGGCAGGACAGAGCCAUUUGCCUUGUGUUCUAUACAAGGAAAUGAACAAAUUGACCUCAGAAAACUGUCAGCAUUGAUUUCCACGAGAGACUUCUCAGAAAAUAAAACUGGGCUAGUGACAAA